AUGAUGAAGUGCUUUUAUCUUGUGUCUGUCGUGUUUCACGUGGCGGCAGGCUGCGCUCUCUCUGCUGAUAAUCUGACAGGAAUCACACGACACAGAGGUGAUUCAGUGCUGUUACCCUGCUCCUGCUCUGACCCGAACACCAAACCUCAGAAACUCACCUGGGAGACUGGAAGAACAGGACCUUACACAGAAGUGUUAAAUGAUGAGCACUACCGUGGCAGACUUCAGUUGUUUAAUAACAUUUCUUCUGCUAAUCUGUCGCUGUUCAUAUCUGACCUGAGAGUAGAGGAUCAGGGAGACUACAGGUGCAGCACUGAGAAGGAACACAGAGACAUCAAUCUUUUUGUUGAUGGCUGUGAGCUGGUGAAGAAGACAGAGGUAGAGCGUGUGACUGUGUUCACAGGAGAGUCUGUAGUUCUGCCCUGCGUCUGCACUGACAUACAGGACAAACCACAGGAUCUAAAAUGGGAGUUUUACAGAAACAAUUACUAUCAGAAAAUUUACCCUGAACAGACUGGACAUCACAGAAACAGAGUCAAACUGGUCAGUAACAACUUUUCAGGAAACCUCUCUCUACUCAUAUCAGACCUGACUGAAGAGGACCAGGGAGAAUACACAUGUUCUGUACAGAAUAAUUUAAGAAACAUCAGAAUAUCUGUUAAAGUAGGAAGAAGAGAAACUUCAACACAGUCGAGGAAAACAGAAACAAAACCUUCAAAAGAACAGCCUCAGAGUAAAACAACACACUCAACAACAACACUGGAACAAGACUGUACCGGAUGUCAUGUACUUUACUGUAAAUCACAUUAACACAGCCGGAGCAGCACGGGUCCAGAUCAAUGCUGGAGAGAAAUCUGAAUAUGCCAGGAUUAUAAC